GUCGUGCUGCUCUCGCACUACCACGAGGACCACUUUGACCGGGAGGUCGAGGCCGCGCUGCGGAGGGACGUGAGGAUCGUCACGACGCCGCACGCCAAGGGGUGUCUGGAGGACGGGUCGAAGAUGGCGGGCACCAGCAGCAGCAGCAGCGGGGACGGGGAGGACGAGGGCAGUAGUGGCGGAUUCAAGCAGGUCACGGGGCUGGAUGUCUGGGAGAGUGCGGUCCUGCAUGUCGACGGCGAUCAGCACGAGGAAGACCAGCAGCGGCUGCAGGGAGAAGCAGGGAAGAAGGCGCAGGCGGGGCCUGUCGUCAAAAUCACGGGCAUGCCGGGAAAACACGUCCCACCGGGCCCGCUGUCCGUCGCGAAUGAUAUCCUCAAGGCGGUGCCGCCGACCAACGGGUGGCUCCUGCAGCUCGGCUACGAGGAGGCAGCGGAUAGUAGCAGUGGCGGCGGCGGCGACGGGCAAGAGAUCAAGACCGGGUACCGGAUCUACAUCUCUGGCGACACGCUCUUUGUCGACGACCUCAAGGAGAUCCCGAAGCACUUCAACGAGCAGAGGCUCGACCUGAUGCUCGUCCACCUCGGCGGAACCACGAUCCCGGGCCCCUCGAUGCCGCUGCUCAUGGUGACCAUGGAUGCCGAGCAGGGCUUCAAGCUGAUGCAGCUGAUGGACCCGGACGUGACGAUCCCCAUACACUUUGACGACUACGAUGUGUUCCUGUCCCCACUCUCUGAUUUCAAAGACAAGGUCGAGACGGAGGGCUGGGGCGACAGGGUGGUGUACCUGGACCGAGGGGAGAUGUAUCGCUUCAAGGUUAGGAAGUGAGCUAUCACGGCGUCCCGGCAGACUGGCCUUGGCGAAGGACGAGGAUAUGCGGCUCCGGCGGCUGUGUGCGGUCAUGCGAUCUGAUAUGUGAGCCACAUGAAGCAGCGUGCCGGAACAAGGGCGGAGUCCAGUACUUCUCCGGCGCCGUGGCGCUGCCGAACCCGAGGUUUUUGACUCCAUUCUCGGGGUGGGGAUGCUUACUUGAACAUUACAAC